AAUCAUAAUCAUCUUACAGUCAUUUCACUGAAAAAGUUCUACGAAAAUUCUUGUUUUUUUUUUAAAUUAAAUAAUUUUUUUACGAAAAAAAUGGAAGUCUCUUAUAUGGUAGCCCUGCUCAUUUCGAUAUUUUGCCACUGCAUAGGCCUUUUCUACAAUCCCGUGGAGGCCAGUACGGAAUCAACUGUGUUCUUGAUUAUAGCCAUAAUGUUCCUGCAUAAACUGAAAUCGGAGCGCAGGCCGAAUUCCACAGAAAGCCGAGCGGUUAAGAUCCUGGAGGUGGUGGGCCUUUGCGUGGCGAUUCAGGUCCUUUUGGUUGCCUUCUGGUUCCCCGUCUUUCAAAUCCUGCGAUUCCUGGUGGAUUCAACCUGCAAAAAUCUGCGAAAUUCGCUGAGUGACGAAAAGGUCUGGAUAGUGGAACAAAUCAAUCAAUCGGCGGUGACAGUAAUUCUUCUGGGCAUGGAAUCGGCUUGGUUGCUAAAGGGUUUCGAGAUCAACGAUGUGCAAAAGUUUUUCGGCUCCAAGGACGACUGUAUCUCAGACAGUGUCCUUGCAUUGGUGGCCAAGGAGGAGAUAAAUGUCUUACGUCUUGAAAAGAAGAAAUUGCAGAAGGAGCGCUUCUUUCAGUCAGUCAAGAAAUAAAUUAUUAACCUAUCGUUAAAAACCUGUGAUUCUAAGCCUAGUCAAAUAAAAUAAUAUUUAAUAUAAAAAUAA